GACGACGGCAAAGUCGCGGCGUUCCUGGAGAGGAACGGACUCCACUCCUCCGCCAUCACGGCAGCGCACGAGUUCGCGCAGGCAACGUUUCCCGGUUGCGAGGUGGAGAGGGCGCCUUUUCAGGGGUACUGCUCUUACACGCUGCUCCUGAGGCCGCUUCCCGGCGGAGCGACGGGACGGCGGCGGGAUAGUGGAGUCGAGGCCAGCGGAGGGGGGAGCGUCGGGAGCCAGAGUCAAAGCGAGAGCGGUACGAGUUGGAAAAGCGGCGGCAGCGGCGGCGGUGGUGGAAGGCUCAUUCAGUUCCGGCCUAGGAGGCACGGUAUCGAUGUCGAGAUGUGUGGCGAGGCUAGGGGUGUGUUUGGGGAUGGGAUCGUGCCGGGCGUGCAGGAGCUUGGUAUUUUGGAGGGGCUGGAUAUGACGAUGACGACAAAUCGUGGCGGAAAGGGGAAGAAGGAAGGGGAGCUGUGUGCGUAUCUCCUGGAGAGGGUCGGCGGUGUCUCGUUGACGGGGUUCCGGCAGAUAUCUGCGGGUCUGGAGACGGACCCGAGGGCGCCGAGGCGAAGGCUUGUUGCGGAUCUUGCUGUCGUCUUUGCGGAUUCAUGGAGAGGUAAGCUGGAGGGGUUUGGGGGUGGAGGACCUGGGGAUAGCGUUAGAGGGCGAGUGGGCGGGAGUUUGGCGUGGCGGUUGGAGAUUAUGGAAAAGGGGUUGCCAAGUGAGUUUAGGGACGUUGUGAGAGAGGUCAGGAGGGAUCUCGGGGGUAUUGAGGGGUUGCCUUGGGUUGUUACGCAUGGGGACCUCGUGCCGGAUAAUAUCAUGGUUCAUCCGCCGCACGGGGCAGAGGGCGAGGGCGAGGGCGGCGAGGCGUGGGUGAGGCAGAAGCUGGGGUGGGGGAGGGAGGAGAGGGCCGGCGGGCUGGUUGGGUUGAUUGACUGGGCCGAGGCGGAGUGGCUACCGUUCGGGGUGGGGAUGUACGGGCUUGAGGAGGUGUUGGGGGAGGAUGUUGUCGUUGAUGGAGGCAGUGAUGUCGACUUUGUUGGUGGUGGGAGUGCUGCUACUACUACUACGACGACAACUAUGACUACGACGGCGAGGUUCGAGUACUACCCCGAAGCAGCCUCCCUCCGCGCACUCUUCUGGGAUGAAGUCGGACGCGUGCUGGGUGACGAGGAGGUUAUCCGCCGGGCGAAGAGGGCUCAGGUCCUUGGGGUCCUGCUUUGGAGGGGCAUUGCCUUUGAUGACGGCGCGUUGGGGAGGGUUGUGGACGAGGAGAGGGACGCGUGGGACUUGCAGAGGUUGCGGGCUUGGGCUUUUGAGGAUGGGGGGCUCGGGUUGACUCGUGGCAAG